CCAUUAUUCUUUCUUCAUACUUGUGGUGACUGGAUGUGUAGCGUAGCUCUCCUUAUUUUGUUAAAAUAUAUCUUGCAGGGAAUAAUCUAAAAUCAAUUGAAAUAUCAGAAGUACUAAUAUAGUGGCUGAAAUUCAAACAGUGAAUUUGUUUUACUAUAUCCGGAAACAAAUAAAUAAACAUUCAAUAUGCCACGAUAUCGCGAGUGGGAUUUGGCGUGCAAAGUAUACGUAGGAAAUCUGGGUUCAUCUGCUUCAAAAUAUGAAAUCGAGAAUGCUUUCAGCAAAUAUGGUCCUCUGCGAAAUGUUUGGGUAGCGAGAAACCCACCUGGCUUUGCCUUUGUAGAAUUUGAAGAUCGUCGAGAUGCAGAGGAUGCAACACGAGGUUUGGAUGGAACACGAUGCUGUGGUACUCGUAUCCGCGUAGAAAUGUCGUCGGGUCGGUCACGACGUGAUGAUAGACGACGAGGAGGUGGUGGCGGCGGCGGCGGUGGUGGCGGUGGUGGUGGAAGCAGCAGCGGAGGUCGUGGUGGAGGACGCUAUAGGAUAAAGUCUACUGCUACUACUACUUCUACUAGAACUUCUACCUCCUCUUCCUUCAACAAAAACUACAAAAACAACAUCUUCACGUAUCACAACUACUGCUCCUUCUCCACAAACUUCACCACGACAAGCAACUAUAAGCUCAACUUAAUAUCGUUCAACGACAACAAUCUUGAUAAUAGAGAAAAAAAUAGCAACCAACAAUUUUUUAAACAAAAAAGUCAACAAAAUUUCGACAACAACAAUUUUAGUUCAAGCUACUACCAUUACUUUCAACAUCACCAAAAACAACUACAAGAAAAGCCACGACACAAAACUUUCAUCAGUAAAAUUAAAAUCAUAGUUUUUGUUAUCAACACCGACACCUUGAACACCAAUAACACCAACGUCACCACAAUAUUGCACAUAAAAUUUGCUCUCGUUUUCGCUGUAGUCAUUGUCAUCACAACUUAUCUAACAAUUGUUGUUGUCGUAAUAGAAAACAGAAACAGUUGUUCUGAUGUUAAGUGCAGUAAACGAUCAACCAUCAUUAGUACAGCAACUACUAGUAUAAUAAUAACUCCUGCUACUACUACUACUACCUCAGCUGCAACUGCUUCUACAGUCACUGCAACUAUUGCUACUACAAGAAUUAGUGCAACUAGUAAAAGUGUGCUUGGGCAGCAGGCGCAGGAUCAGCAUCAGCGGCAAAAGCUAAAGCAUUUACAACAGCCAUCAUCAUUAAUACCACUACUACCACCAAUACCACCUUAACAACUUGAAAAUACUACCACUUCCUUCUCCUUUGCAUAUGCAAAUGACUGAUAUGAGCCCACAACACUACUACCUACAGCACAACAAAUACCACAACCAACAACAACAAAAAGAACAUCGACCUUGACAAUAAAUGCACGCUCAUGAGAUACUGGUUUGGUAAAUUGAUCAAUGUGCAUGACCGGGUAAUGUAUGAAUGCACUCGCCAACGGCCCGCAGAUGGGGAUGGUCACAGAAAGAGGGUGACUUCAGUAUAACUUUGUAUGUAUUUUCUUCAGGGACUAGCUCGAUUUAUUUUCUAACAAGAACGUUGUCAUUUGCUUAACGAGUUUCGCACCAUAAUCACCAUCUUAUGACUGGAAAUGACGUCCUAACAAAUAACAUUGCGACAAUACUAAUAAGACAUAAACUGACUUAAAUUAACUGCUGAAUUACGUUACGCUUUAUUCAAUAGGUUAAUUAGACGUACGAACUGUUGUAAAAAAAUUUGACUCCACACUGCCGAAGUAAUGUUAAAUUUUUUUUAUCAGAAGUAGAAAAAAAAAAGUACUAAAAUGUCUAUUUCGGCAGUGUUGGUGCGUCGUUGUACAUAUACAUAUAUGACCUAACUUACUGAAUGACUUUCUACGAGAAUGUUGAAGGAGGGAAUAUCCGCCGAUAUUCGGAUUUUUUCUUAUUUAUUACACAACAAAUAUGCGAGGUGCUGUUGCGUCAUGGGUCUUCAGUCAAUCUACAUAAAACAACGCAUUUGUGCAAUCAACCACAUAUUCGAGCAGUGUUUGCAACUUUAUACGAACUUACUUCUCUAUUCCUUCUGCAGUCGUUACAACUGCAAAUGCACACCUUCAACAUGCGUUCGGGUAAUAUUUCUACAUCUUAAUUGGGUUUACAUGUAACUCAACUAAAUGCAAAAAUCAACGAGGCGAGUUUAUGUAUGUUGAAUCAAUUUUUUGUAGCAGGGAAGAGUGGGUGUCACCCUGUACAUCGUUUUUGACAUGAAAAUGUGCAAAGCGCCGUUUAAAUGCAUCAAGAACGAAUGAAAACGAGUGCCGCAACUUCAAGUAAGAAAAACUUCUUUCUAAUUUAGAUACUACAUAGUUCUUUUUGUUACUAAUAUUAUGAUUCUUGAGGUUAUUUCAAGUUGAGUUUAAAGUAAUUUUACAAUGUUAAAAUUUGAAGUUUCUUUGACAAAAUUCUAUCCACUAAUUGUAAAUUCAAUUGCAUCCGAGCAGGUGAACACAAAGCAAUAUCAGCUCAAUGAUCACCAAUCGCAUCUGCAACAUCUAUUUCUACUGAAUAAGUGAAAAUAUGUGCUCUCCUCUGCAACAACUACCUGACAUCCGUCUUCUAUGGUCCUCUGCGUGCAAAAUCCUCUUGUGUGGUAGACGGGAUUGUGCUUAAUUUGAUUCCAUUGCAUCCAUUUUGGGUAGUCGGUUGAGCGGUUGUGUGUUUGAUCGACUAAUUACUGAACACAUGGCCGAUGUACAUCAUGCUAAUCAGCGUUCCAACCAACAAACCAGCUUCACUACCGAUCUACAGGUUGUCAGCUAAAUAACCGAACCCACAUUGCAUCAAGGACGACAACAGCAAGCUAAUGCAAAUGCAUCUGCAUCUCUACCUCUCCGCUGAUGUACAAAAACGACUGGCAAUCCAAAUCAAGGCUUUUAUCUACUUUACCAUCCCUAUCAUGUCCGCUAUGCGCAACGACCACUUCUUCUGAGUAUCAUUGCCACAGACGUCCGUCGAGUUUGCAUACAUGAUUAUUCUCUCAAUAGUUGAUUUGCGAUUUUCAUAAUUUCCUCUCCUUUUCAUUUGAAGUAGUCAUCAUAAAAUCAGUUGAAUAUCAACCAAUUCCAUAAUCACCAAACCACCACCACUACUACAACACCUCAACAAAUCAGUCAAAUCCAAUAAAUGAACAACUGAACUGCCAACAGUUACUCGUAGUAGGAAUUUUACAGUCAAUCAACAGUAUUUCUAUCUGCCCCAGAAAUUCUGCAAACAGAGUCGGCAACACAAAAGCAGCUCGUCAUUUUGCGGUGCAACAAAGCAGCAUUCUGAAAAAAAAAGUUGAAAUUGUUAAAUUUGAAAAAAGGGAAAGAAAACAACUAUCAUCGUCGUUACGUAAAUUAAGCAACAUUUGAAUUAAUAUAAAACUGCCGUUGGAGGGGUUGAAUCUAUUGGCUAAACCUGAGUGGAAGACACGAAAUUAACAGCAUCACCACAUUGUCGUUGAAGUUGAUCCAACUACUGUGGUGUUGCUGAUGGGACUAUUGUUAAACAAUUAUUCGUUUAAGAGGUGUCAGCUUGGAAAUUAUUGCGAACUAAUACACCAGUCACUCCUGCAUGGAGUGGUGUCCCAGAACUUCUGGUAAUCGUUGUUUUAUUAGCUCGCAAUAAAUUGCUUUCUGUCAUGUCGGGUUUACUUGUUUUAGCAAUGGUCAAAUAUUUGGUCGUCAACACACUACUCAUCCUGCUAUAGUGCAGAGUUGUCUUUUCCGAAUUGCUGUCUGCAACGAUCAACAACAACAUACUACAUACAUCGAAUGUGUGUGCAGCGCUAGUAAAAUAAUAAAAAAAAAAACUCCAAAAAUAAGUCCAUAUAAAUAAUGGAUCUUCUUGUAAUUUGUGCACUGUGUAAAAUAUUUGAAUUCAAUAACCUAAUAAACUUUCUUUUUCUUUUUAUAUAACAAUUUCUUACAGAUCGCGCUCACCACGUCGUACACGCAGUCGUUCACGUAGUUUUUCAAGAGACAGACGCAGCCGAUCGGACUCCCGUGAUCGUCAUUAGAUAUAGAACUUUUAAAAUUCCUUGAAGUGAAUUCUCAAAAAGAAACUAUUUUCUUUACCCGAUAUCUACAUUUUACAAUCAUAUAGAAAGAGAGAACUUAUCAUAAUAUAAGUUUUAGUUUUUGAGAGUAAUUUGUGAGAAAGACAAAAUCAGAGACAAGAUUAAGAAAUUUAUCCCUAUAUUGUAAGUGAGAACUGGUAAACGACAGGAUUGGAAUUUUUGUUCGCAGAAUAAGUGAGCAAACCUACUAGCACAUUGGAUCACAUAAAAGUCCCAAACACAGUCUAGCAAUCCACCAACAUACUUGUUUUUCAAAAAAAGCACCAACUUAAGGUAAAUUCUUUAAUUUUUUUUAGUAAUUUACCCCAUUGUAUGUACGUUUGUGAAUAAUUACUUAUGGAAACCCAUAAUUAUAAGUUGCUAAUCUUAAAAAGUACAACAAAAUAAAGAUAAGAUAUUUAAAAUAAAAA